AUGGGGGAGAAGAAGAAGGACAACAAUUCGACGGUGUGGUUCUCGCUGAGGAAAUCCCUCCACUGCAAAUCGGAGCCGUCCGAUGUCCACACCCCCAAGACCCGGAAGCAUCUGGGCUCCAUCCUGACCCGGAAAUCGGGCCGGUCCGGCUGCUCGCGGUCGAUUUCCAACCUCAAAGACGUGAUUCACGGAAGCAAGCGGCACCUCGACCGGCCGCCGAGCUGCAGCCCGAGGUCCAUAGGGAGCAGCGAGUUCGUGAACCCCAUAGCCCACGAGGUCAUUCUCAGCAACUCCAGGUGCGAGCUCAAGAUAACCGGCUACGGCGGCUUUCACGAGGGUUUCGGCGGCGGCGGUGACGGUGGUGGAGGGUCGACGUUCGUCGGGACCUUGCGGCCGGGGACGCCUGGGCCCGGCGGGCACCCGACGAUGCAUUAUUUCAACCCUUCGUUCAGGAAUUCGCUGACCCCGCCUCGGAAAAUGGGUUCUGUUUUGGGGGAAAGGGAGAAAAGGGCGUCCUUUGAGAAGGACGGCGGUGUAGUUUCGUGCCAUAAGUGCGGGGAACAGUUUGUGAGGUGGGAAGCUCUUGAGUUGCAUCACCUUUCCAAGCAUGCUGUAACCGAACUCGUGGAGGGCGACUCGUCCCGAAAAAUCGUUGAAAUCAUCUGCCGGUCUAGCUGGCUAAAGCCCGACAACCCCUGCGUGAAAAUCGACCGUGUCCUCAAAGUCCACAACACACAGAAAACCCUAAUCCGGUUUGAAGAAUAUCGCGAAUCCGUAAAAUCAAAAGCCGGCAAGCUCCCGAAAAAACAUCCGCGCUGCCUGGCGGACGGCAACGAGCUACUGAGAUUCUACGGGACGACCAUAUCCUGCCCGCUCGGCACAAAUGGGUCGUCCAGUCUCUGCACGUCCGAAAAAUGCUCGGUUUGCCGAGUUAUCCGAAACGGUUUUUCCGGUAAAAUGGAGCUAAAGCAUGGUGUUGGGGUUUUCACAACUUCCACCAGCACGAGGGCGUUUGAGUCAAUUGAGUCGGUUGAGGACGGUCGGGCAGUGAGAAAGGCGCUGAUCGUGUGUAGGGUUGUUGCGGGUCGGGUGCACCGGCCUAUGGAGAAUGUUCGGGAGAUGGCGGGCCAGACGGGGUUCGACUCGUUGGCUGGGAAAGUUGGUGCAUAUUCGAAUAUCGAGGAGCUUUACUUGCUUGACCCUAAGGCUCUCCUUCCUUGUUUUGUGGUCAUUUGCAAAGCUUGA